AUGUGGCCCGGCCAGGCCAUGACGCUCCGCGUCAAGAAGGUCCUCCACCAUGAGAAGAGCAAGUACCAAGAUGUGCUCAUCUUCGAGUCCACCGACUACGGCACCGUCCUGGUCCUCGACAACGUCAUCCAGUGCACGGAGCGCGACGAGUUUUCGUACCAGGAAAUGAUUACCCACCUGGCCCUGAACUCGCACCCCAACCCCAAGAAGGUCCUCGUCAUCGGCGGCGGCGACGGCGGUGUUCUGCGCGAGGUUGUCAAGCACGACUGCGUCGAGGAGGCCAUUCUCUGCGACAUUGACGAGGCCGUCAUCCGCCUGUCGAAGCAGUACCUGCCCGGCAUGGCCGCUGGCUUCAACCACCCCAAGGUCAAGGUCCACGUCGGCGACGGCUUCAAGUUCCUCGACGAUUACAAGAACGAGUUUGACGUCAUCAUCACCGACUCGUCGGAUCCCGACGGCCCGGCCGAGAGCCUGUUCAAGAAGUCGUACUUUGAGUUGCUGCACAGCGCCCUGCGUGAGGGCGGCGUCAUCACAACCCAAGGUUCCGAGAACCAGUGGCUGCACCUGCCCCUCAUCACAAAGCUCAAGCAGGACUGCAAGGAGGUCUUUGCUGUCGCCGAGUACGCCUACACGACGAUCCCCACCUACCCGUCGGGCCAGAUUGGCUUCAUGGUCUGCAGCAAGGACCCCAACGCCAACGUCAAGGUGCCUCUGCGCAAGUGGACCCCCGAGGAGGAGAGCAAGCUGUGCAAGUACUACAACUCCGAGAUCCACAAGGCCAGCUUCAUCCUGCCCAACUUUGCCGCCAAGGCUCUGCAGUAA